GUAUAUAGCUGUGCGUUAGUGGACGAAACAGAAUACACAGCGUGGCUAUAUAUUUGCGAGCCCUGGGCGGGAAACUUAGUCGGCCAACUGCAGUCAUUGGCGCCAUCCUGAUAUCCAUUCAGGCAGGAAGAUGCAUCGAAUGGUAAUCUUGCUCUCUCUGCUGGCCAUGGCGGCGGCAGCGCCCGCGCCGAAGCCGAUCGUCGUGUAUCCGCACGUGUCCAGCGUGUACCACCCGCCCGUGGUUUCCGCGCCGCUCGUGCACGCGCCCGUCGUCUCGCACGUCAGCACGUUGUACCACCACCCGCACGUGCUGCCCGUGCACCCACUUUAUUUUUAAUUGCAAUUGAAAUGUAAUAAAGUUUAAUGUUUUGUGUAA